UCACCAUAGUAAUAGUAGCUUGGACACGCCUUUCCUCAGACCACGCCUAUUACAGUUGGUCGUUGUUUGAGGAAGGUUCGUGAAGGUUUUCCGCGGUGCAUUGUGGGUGUAGCAGUUGCCGGCUGGGAAGGAAACCGUAAUAAUUGACAAGAUGAUGCCCACACCUGUUAUCCUGCUGAAGGAGGGAACUGACACCUCCCAGGGUGUUCCUCAGCUCCUGAGUAACAUCAAUGCCUGCCAGGUGAUCGCAGAGGCAGUGCGCACCACCCUUGGCCCACGUGGCAUGGACAAGCUUAUUGUCGAUGACAGAGGUAAAGCCACAAUCUCAAACGAUGGUGCUACCAUUCUGAAGCUCCUUGAUGUGGUGCACCCAGCAGGAAAAACCCUUGUGGACAUCGCUAAAUCCCAGGAUGCUGAGGUGGGAGAUGGCACCACUUCUGUAACUCUCCUUGCGGCGGAAUUUCUGAAACAAGUCAAACCCUAUGUGGAGGAGGGUCUGCACCCACAAAUCAUAAUCCGAGCCUUCCGUACAGCCACCCAGCUGGCAGUUAACAAAACCAAACAAAUUGCCGUCACAGUGAAGAAAGAAGAUAAACAAGAGCAGCGUCGUCUACUAGAGAAAUGCGCGGCCACAGCACUGAGUUCCAAACUAAUCGCUUUGCAGAAAGAUUUCUUCUCUAAAAUGGUGGUGGAUGCGGUGUGCUUGCUGGAUGACUUGCUGCAGCUUAAGAUGAUUGGGAUCAAGAAGAUUCAGGGUGGUGCGCUGGAGGAUUCUCAAUUAGUAGCUGGUGUCGCCUUCAAGAAAACCUUCUCCUAUGCUGGAUUUGAGAUGCAGCCUAAGAAAUAUGAUUCCCCCAAGAUUGCUCUCUUGAAUGUAGAAUUGGAGCUAAAGGCUGAAAAGGACAACGCAGAAGUCCGGGUCAAUAAUGUGGAGGACUACCAGGCCAUUGUAGAUGCCGAGUGGAACAUCUUAUACGAUAAACUGGAGAGGAUUUGCAAGUCUGGAGCAAAAGUUGUUCUUUCUAAGUUGCCUAUCGGUGAUGUUGCCACCCAAUACUUCGCUGACAGAGACCUAUUCUGCGCAGGGCGGGUCCCUGAAGAGGAUCUCAAGAGAACAAUGAUGGCUUGUGGAGGUUCUAUUCAGACCAGCGUUAACGCAAUGACUGAUGACGUGCUGGGUCAGUGUGCCCUGUUUGAGGAGGCCCAGGUGGGAGGUGAAAGGUAUAACUUCUUCACUGGUUGUCCAAAGGCUAAAACCUGUACGAUCAUACUGAGGGGAGGUGCUGAGCAGUUCAUGGAGGAGACAGAGAGGUCCUUACAUGAUGCUAUCAUGAUUGUGCGCCGUGCAAUCAAGGGUGGAAUGUGGUAUGGUGUUGACAUCAACAAUGAAGACAUAGCAAAUAAUUUUGAUGCAUGUGUAUGGGAGCCAGCCAUCGUGCGAAUCAAUGCCCUGACGGCUGCCUCUGAAGCAGCCUGCCUUAUUAUGUCUGUGGAUGAAACGAUCAAGAACCCUCGUUCUACAGUAGAUGGUGCUCCUGCCGGCCGGGGCAGAGGGAGACCACACAAUCACUAA